AUGGGGGCCUUGAGGAAACCCACGACGACCCUGGGGAUGCAUAGACGGAUCAUCGGCGUCUAUGGAGCGGCCCUUGUGGUAGCUCGUGAGGGUUGCAAAAAGAAACCUGAGCUCUGUUGGGUGCCCUCAACGCUGUAUACAGAGCCCCUUAAGGGCCCUACGGAAGCCCCGGAGAUUUGCCGAAGGCCUCCUAAGGUGCGCGUAUCCACGCGUGGAAUAUUUGGAAGCUUUCAUGAAUACUGUAGCGGAAGGCAUUGCUUAACAACUUUGUCUUCGAGAAACACAAGACAGAUAAGUGCAUCGCCGAGAAACCAGCCACGUACACAUUCCUUGAGGCUGCCUGCGACGAGCAUUGACAGUCUUUGGCGAACUGCUGCAGCUUUCGCUGUGAUGUCAUUUGCAUCUAUGGCUUCAACGAGAGCAGCAGCGUGUCCUACAGAUACACGUGGUAGUGCGUUCGGAGAUAGCCCCAACAGCAGCGCAAACAGCAGCGCCGACCUCUCCAGCAGUGAAGGCAGUAGUAGCGACGGCAACGUUACGAGCACCACCAGCAACAAGACCAAAAGGAACAAGAGCGGAGGCAGCAGUUGCAGCAACAGUUUUGCUCUUGGGCCGCUAAACAUUGCGAACACGGCUGAGGAGGGCGACAUCUUACGGGGCCUGAAGGUCGGCCCUUUGACCUGGACGGGGCAGAGCCGGCUUCGGCUGUUGCUGCAACGGUGGUCCUGGGAGGUGAGCGCCCAAUUUAGGCGUCUUCUUCCUGGAGCUAAAAUCACCGUGCGCCUCGAGGAGCUUAAGCCGCGCAAAGGCAAGUGCAAAAUGGCCUUCUUAGGCACGGAUUCGACUGCUCCAGGACAGCGAGCGUCCCCUUGCCCGCACUUUCUUGAAGGCUGCGGUGGCUGCCAUUUCAUCCACUUGGACCUUCUUCAUCAACGGAAAGCAAAGCAGCAGUUGCUGCAGCAGAUGCUUCAUGAACUGCACCAGGAGCAGCACCUACGGCGCCAACGGGAGCAACACCCACAGUGGACAUGUCCUGAAGUCGUGCCGCUUGUGCCGUCUUCUUCUGAGAUAGAGUUCGCUUCGAGGGUAGACUUCCUGCUGCACUUAGUCGACGGAAAACCGCGGUUAGGCCUCCCGGCCUUCGAUGGGAGCGUCAGCAUUGUCGACAUCCGGGAAUGCCUACGAAUGCGACGCCCUAUGAGUGAGGUGUACAGGCAGCUAAGAAAAAGCCUUCUGCCUCUCAUGGAAGAUCAACGACUGCGAGUGCUGAACCCUCGUUGUGGCGCAGGAACGCUAAGCGGUCUCACUCUCAGACUUGCGGAGGAUAGCACAGCGCCCGACGGUGCGGUGUUGCUGCGGCUGAAAGGUCACAUCGAAGACAGUGCGCGACCCCAACUCGUUCAUUUUGCGCAACAGCUGAGGACGUAUUGUCCCUCUCUUAAGGCUGUUACUUUCUGUGAUGUACGCAGGCUGCAAGCUCCAGAUGAAGUUUUGGCUGGCACGGAUGCGCUACUGGUGUCGGUAUUUGGGUGGCGAUAUCGAAUAACAGGCGGAACACGCGAGGCUUUUGCAAGUCGGGGAGAAGUGAUGGAGCAAGUUUUUCAUGCGUUGAAGGAGGCCACGGGAGGGGCAGCAGGGUGUCUGUGGGGGGCUUUAGGGUCUGGGGGUCUUUUGGAAGUCUUGUUGUCCUCCUCGUUUGAGAAGGUGGUGGUGUUUGCCCCUGGCAUCCGCGACGCGGAUGAGACCCGCAAGAACUUUGGCCUCAACGGCAUAUCCUCGGCCGAAGUGGUGGAGUGUACAAACAGCCAAGACGUUGCGACGGCCCUGGCUGCCAGAGCUGGGCUGUAUCACCCUCUUCGGGAACAAAACCGAGCGCAGCUGGUGCAGCAUGCUGUGGCACGGGACACCGAGAUAGGCUUCCACCGAGUUGAGGGAAGCGCGUUGCAGCGAGGUGUGACGGCGAAGGACAGUGCUGGGGGCUGCCGACAACGAGCCGAAUCGGCUGCAACUACCACAGCAACGCCACUGACACCAGCAGACUCAGCUGCACGAGAGUCACUAAAUGCAGCGUCAAAGCUAGAAGGAAUAGUAACAUCUGAAGCCAUCAAGACUGCAGCGUCGGAGCUCCCCGACGUUUUACUGCUCUCUCCGUCGCGUAGGGGGCUAAACAAGGAGAUUCGGCGCUUGGUCACCGCAGCAGCUAUCCGGCGUAUUGUCUACAUUGCCCAUGAGCAGCAAGCAUUUCUUCGAGACGCAAAGGCACUUGCGGCCGUCGGGUACGAGCUUGCCUACUUUAAGGCAUUCGACGUGACUCCUCACACGACUGAAGUACUUACUGUCUCCGCCUUCUGCAAAAGCCGUUCCGACUCGUGCAAGCACCAGCGGGCAGAACAGACCCCCACGUGA